ACGCGAAGAAUAAGCCUGCGCGUGACGCUACCCCAUUGCGUCCUCUCUUCCUCGGUCUGUGGCCGUAUUAGAGAUCCCAGUCACUCGGUCUGCGGGCGAUUCUUGCUCUUUGUCAUCUUUCCCUGCCGCGUGUUGUGUAUCCUAGACCUCUGGGCUGCAGAUGGACUACUCGCCCGGGCUUCCCCCGCUUAACACAGCGGCCGCCAUGCCUCUUCCACCGCGGAUAUCCUCAUUCACGCAAUCGUGCACAAUCUCCAUCAAUCCGAUAUCGCUCGUGAUCAAUGAGUGCAUCACCAUCACCUCGGCCAUGCGCAAGAACGCGCGAUGGGCGCAGUCAGGUGUCGCUGCCAUCCUCGGCACCGCAGGCGAGGACGCGCAGGAGGACCUUGGCCUGAUUGCGCGUCUUGGUCUGCGCACGAAGCGGACGAGGACGACGCAGGAUAAUCCCUUGAUGGCUGGUUUCACAAAGUUGAGAUCCGAUUUGGUCGAGUGCAGAGACAUAUCUACGUUUGACACUGCUGCUCUCUUUCAUCCAUUUCUGCAGGUCAUUCGAUCCUCCUCGAUAACAGGCUCAAUUACAUCACUAGCCCUGAACGCAAUCACAAAAUUCUUCACCUAUCGCAUCAUCUCACUCAGCUCCCCGCGCCUCCCACUAGCCAUGCAACUACUCUCUUCUGCAAUCACUCACUGCAGAUUCGAAGCCUCGGACUCGGCCCAAGACGAGGUCGUUUUACUUCGGAUCCUGCGAUUGAUGGAGUGCAUGAUGUGUGGCAUCGGCGGUGAUUUGCUAUCGGACGAGAGCGUGUGCGAGAUGAUGGAAACCGGACUAAGUAUGUGCUGCCAGAUGCGACUAAGCGAGAUGCUGCGGCGAUCGGCCGAGAUGUCGAUGGUCAACAUGUGCCAGCGAGCGUUCGAGCUCUUGAAGCAGAUCGAGCCUGAGUCGUCGGUCGCGGGCGUCGUCGAGGAAAUGACGAGCAUGCUCAGUCCUAAUACCGCAAACGUGCAAAUGGGCGAGCCCGUAUCUGCCGUGCCACACGCCGCUUCGCCUGUCUUUGACUCGCCUAAUCCGCAGAUGGGUGACUUCCAAGUACCUCCCUCGAACGCGAUCAAUGAUGACCAGUACGCCGACAUUGAUCUGAAGCCGUACGGCUUGCCUUCUAUCCGAGAGUUGCUCCGGGUGCUGAUUUCUUUGCUCGAUCCCAACGAUCGUCAACACACGGAUUCGAUGCGCGUCAUGGCUCUGCGCAUCAUCGACGUCGCGUUUGAAGUCGCCGGUUCAACCAUCGCAAACCAUCCGUCGCUUCAAGUACUCGCUGUCGACGAUCUGUGCCGUCAUCUCUUCCAAUUGAUCCGGUACGACUCUCCCCAGCUUCUCCAGACCUCUCUCCGUGUUUCAUCCACAGUUUUACAUACAAUGCGCCCCCAUCUCAAACUGCAGCAAGAGUUGUUGCUGUCUUAUGUCAUCUCCUGCCUGCAUUUGCGCGUCGAGAUUCCCCGCGAAAACGGCGUCGAUCCAAGCCUUUACGAAAGCAUCCCGUCCACACCAACUGUCCUCCACCGAUCCGCUUCUCAAAUGACGACGAGCAGUACCACCUCCGGUACCAGCACGCCUGUGAAUAUCAAGGAGCGGCAGAAGCUUGGAAUGGAGGGAAGCGCACGUGGUCCUGAGGCAAGAGAGGCUAUGGUCGAAUACCUGAGCGGGUUGGCGAGGAUACCUAGUUUCAUGGUCGAUCUCUUUGUCAAUUAUGACUGCGAUGUCGAGCGGGUUGAUCUUUGCUCGGAUCUUGUCGGAAUGCUUAGUAGAAACGCAUUCCCAGAUGCGGCAAUAUGGACAACACCAAACGUCCCGCCUCUUUGCCUCGAUGCCUUGCUAUCGUACGUCUCGUUCAUAGCUGAUAGAUUAGAAUUAGCGCCAAAGAACAAAGACGACUAUCCUACCGCCGAGGAUUUGAUUGUUCGCCGAAGCAAAAAGCAGUUAGUCAUCAAGGGCACAGAAAAGUUCAACAAAAACCCAAAGCAAGGGAUCCAAUUUCUCGUCGAAAACGGCAUCAUCGACGACGGAAGCAAUCCCAAAUCUGUGGCGGACUUUCUCCGAAACACGUCGCGGAUCAACAAGAAGCUUCUCGGUGAGUUUCUGGCCAAGCCGUCAAACAAAGAGAUUAUGGAUUGCUUCAUCGACGGCUUUGAGUUUGAUGGCAAGCGGAUCGAUGUCGCGCUGCGCGAGUUGCUCGAGAGCUUUAGACUUCCUGGUGAAGCGCAGCAGAUUGAGCGGAUUGUCGAGAAGUUUUCGGAGCGGUACUGUGAAUUCUCGCCCAAGGACGUGGCUAAUAAGGAUGCCGCUUUUGUGCUGAGUUAUUCCAUUAUUCUGCUCAACACCGAUCUUCAUAAUCCCCAGGUGAAGAACAGGAUGACGUUUGAUCAGUACAAGAACAAUCUGCGGUCGGUCAACAACAACAAAGAUUUUGCGAUCGAGUACUUGGAGGAGAUUUACGAGGCAAUCAAAACCAACGAGAUCAUCAUGCCGUCUGAGCACGAUAACCAGGCGGGCUUCGAGUAUGCCUGGAAGGGCCUUUUGCAAAAGUCGCAUGCUGCCGGACGCAUGCUUGUCUGCCAGGACACAAACAUAUACGACGCCGAGAUGUUCCGAGCAACUUGGAAGCCCGUUGUCGCGACCCUGGCGUACGUUUUCACUUCUGCGACUGAUGACAUGGUGUUUAUGCGCGUCAUCACGGGUUUCGAUCACUGCGCGCGGAUCGCCACAAAAUACGGCCUGCACGAGGUUCUAGACUACAUCAUCCUCUGUCUGGCGCGUAUCUCGACACUUUCGGUCGAGCCCGUGGGCAACAACACCGCAGACUCGACCGAGAUCCGGAUCGACGGCAGCAGUAUCACCGUCAGCGAGCUGUCGGUCGGUUUCGGACGAAAUUAUAAAGCGCAGCUGGCGACCGUUGUGUUGUUCCGCGUCGUGCGAGGGAACGAGUAUUUGAUUCGAGAUGGCUGGCGAGAUGUUUUGUAUAUCUGGUUGAACCUGUUUACGAACUCGCUCAUCUCGCCAUACUUUUCGGAAUUACAGGAUAAGCUUGACGUUCCCCCGAUCCCGAUCAUCAACGCAGUCAAUAUUAUCAAGAAGAAUGAUCCGAAAGACAAUAGCAUUUUCUCUACUUUGUCUUCCUAUCUGUCGAGUUAUGCGGUCGACAGUCCUCCCGAGCCGUCGGACGAAGAACUUGAGAGUACUCUGUGCACAGUUGACUGUGUGAACUCUUGCAAUCUGAGCGAGAUUUUUGACAACAUCUCCGCCCUUGAUCCCAGUAAUGUGAUCUACAUGAUCAAGUCCCUGCUUGACGAGGCAGUGCUGCUGCAGCAGAAGCGGCCGUUCACAACUCUACGCGACGAGCUCACGAACGAGACGUCGUCGGACGCCGGAAGCGGUACUUUCCCUGCGUCGUCUACGAUGAGUUCUCAGCCAUCAUCCGAUCGGAAAACGGUCCCAUUCCUUGCGCCUUUGAGCAUUUACGUUCUUGAGAUGGCGACCUGCCUGGUCGUGAAGGACUCUGCGUGCUUGAAGGCUCUCCGAGAGACGCUGAUGGAGACGUUCAAGACCAUUUUGGCGAAUGCCGAGAAUGCGUACCCGAUCGUGGUGGGCAGGAUCGCAUGCUAUAUGCUUGCGGUUCUGAGAAAGGUGAUUGCAGAGUAUGCUGCGUCACCUACGGAGGAAGGAUAUAAAGAGCUCGUCGAGCUUAGCGGGGAAGUGUUUGUCGGCAUCGCAAAGGUGAGCGGCGACAUUCUCCGAGACACCGAUGUUGUUGUCGCGUCUGCCAUCGUUCACUGCUUCCGUAGCUCGCCCGAAAACAUCCAGCUCGUGUUAGUGAACGCGCCGAACCAGGCGUUUUGGAAGACUCUGGAGGUGCUACAGGAAGUCACCGAGGCCGCGCCGCUGAUAUUCGAGCUCACGCAGGAGAUCACUGGGUUUGUUGACAUUGACGAGUUGGAAGCUAGAGAUGAGAAAGAAAGUCGACCGAAGCUAAGUCUGAUUCGUACGAGUGAAAACUUCCAGGCCGUGAUUGACCUGCUCGGUGACUUUGCGAGCGCGGGAAGUAUCGGAAGCGACUGGGAGCAGCGUCACGAUCAGCAGCGAAACGGGAAGCCCAAUCGUCGCAUGGCGGCAGGUCGGUCGGCGACGCCUUCCGUGCCGCCGGCGGUGCAGAAUCGGAAUAACGGGAUCGCGACGAGACCUAAUCGCCGAAACUACAGCACGCUCGAGAAGUCGACGACCGCGUCGGGUGGGAACAGCGGCCGGAAUAGCGACGAUAGUCUGCGAGGAGCGGCGAUGUUUAACGGGAAGCGGAUGACGGCUGCGGAGGUUAAUGCUGCGGUCGCGUCUGGCACGUUUGGAAUGCAGCGGCCGUAUGUCGAUGUUAUUGAGCGAGCGGUGAAGUCGGUGAAGAUGAUCAAUGAGUUCCGGCUCUAUGUCAAGGAGCUUGCAGAUGAAUCCAAGCUCAGUCGAGAUGAGGGCUGGACCACAUUCUGGCUUCCAAUCCUCGACGGUCUUCUCUUGCAAUGUCUGAACGCGUGCCGCGAAGUGCGCCAACAAGCCUUCGGCUCGCUCCAGCGCACGCUUCUAUCCCCCGAACUCUCGACCACCUACGACGCCUUCGAAUGGACCGCCAUCUUCGACGCCGUCCUCUUCCCGCUCAUCACAGGCCUUCUCCGCCCGGAAGUCUACCAAAGCGAUCCCCGCGGCAUGGGCGAGACGCGUCUGCAGGCCGCGUCGCUGCUCUGCAAGGUGUUUUUGUAUUACCUCGAGCGCAUGGCGGGAUGGGACGGCACGCUCGGGCUGUGGCUCCGCAUUCUGGACAUGAUGGACCGGUUGAUGAACAGCAGUCCGCGCGACAACCUCGAAGAAGCGGUGGCGGAGUCGAUCAAGAACGUGCUGCUCGUCAUGAGCUCGACCGAGUACCUCGUUCAUCCUAACCGCGCGGGCGGCGAUAAGCUCAAGCUAGAGCUCUGGUCAAAGACGUGGAAACGGCUGGAGCGGUUCAUGCCGUUGUCCGCGCUCGAGGGAUUACUCAUCGACGACGGAGUGAGCGCGUCUCCAGGCCGACCCGUCGACGUCGUCCUCGCUGCUGCUGCUGCUGCUGCUGCUGUAUCUUCCGAACCCGUCGCGGUAGAGAGCGCAACCUCCCCCACGGUUACCGACGACGCACAACCAGCACCACCUGCAGAGACAACGACAACGACGACGGCGGAGUGAAACCGACUGAACUUGCCUCAUACGCUUUUACAAGGCCAGCAUCUUCACCAAAGCAACAGCGAAACCACCCCACAAGUGACAUAAAGCGCGCGACUUCGUUCCUGUUCCCUUUCCUUUUUACCUAUUUUUUGAUGUUUUGUGUUGUCGUUUUUACUUUACUACAUUUAUCCGUUUUAUUAUUCGCUGGUCUGUAAUAUAGUUAGAGAGAAUUUUUCCCAUAGUCAGUUAAAAAUAAACACCAAAGUGUAUGAUUUUUGUUAUAAUUU